AUGAGCUGGCUGCGCUCCAAGCUGCGGCUCGUGGCCGCCCGCGCGUCCGACGCGCUCGCCCAGGCGGCCGACCUGAUCACGCCAACGCUGUACGAGUCGCGCGUGGACGAGUUCCACCAGCGCUGGACGAUCGUCGCGCGCUUCCUCGAGUCGGUCGUGGCGCGCGAGCUCGAGCCCGCCGAGCAGCGCCGGCUGCUGCUCGAGAGCCACACGCGCGACUCGCUGCUGAAGCUCGUGCUGCUGAUCUACGAAGAAGAGAACAACUCGGACCGGUGGGAGAUGAUGGAGCUGGCGCGGCCCAAGACGCUGGACGCUGCUGCUGUGGACGCCCGGAGCAGCGACUCGCCGUCGGCGCUGCUGCCGCCGUCGCCGCUCGAGCACGCGUCGCACGAGUGCCUCGAGUACCUGCUCUUGAAGCAGAUCAUCCCGCACCUCUGUGAAGCAGGACGACGGGACGAGCCCUGCGGCAUCAUGUCGCUCGCCAUGCAGUUUGUCGCAGCGCUGCUGAGUCGCGUGAGUUACCCUGUGCUGCCCACGCGCGAGGUGCACGUGGCAGUGGUGGCAUUGAUUCAAGCAGCUGCACGCAAAGAGGUGGAGGACCCGACCGUGCGCAAGUACCUCAUUAGUCUGCUGAACAUUGUGUGGAAGAAGCUGCAGGGCGACCCCGUGCAGACCGAGUUCUUCUUCCUCCAUGCCGACCGCCUCAUGAUCCGCACGAGCGACAUGAUCCAUCGCCGGAACGACGCUUCGACGCACUUGUGGUCGCUGAGCGACGACCCGUUUUUGCAUCUCCACAACCACCACACGCAGAGCGAAGUGCCCGAGCUGAUACUGUUUACCGGUCUGCUGCCACACAUGUACGCUGUGGGGAAAAUCGGCGACCAGUGCCGCGAAGCGCUGGUCAUUGCUGCAGCCAUGCACGACAACGCGCUCUGUCGAUUCGUGCUGCAGCUCACUCCGUUCUGCCACUACGCGGUCAAUGGCGUGAUCUCGGCGUUUGAUGCGCUGCCCAAGACGUUAUCGUUGACGUCAAAGCCUUUCGCUUCGGACGUGGGCUCGACGGAUCUCGGCGCAGACAUGGAAGUGGAGCUGAGCUUCCUGGCUGUGCGACUGCGAUUUUGCUGCACACUGGCGAUGGUAGCGCGAUACGAACUGGAAGAAGUGGACGAAGUGACAGGUGAACUGCAGCGCCGGUCGAUUGCAGAUGAACUGUUGGAUCAAUUUCGGACUCGUUUUCUCGAAGGUCCACUACUCGAGGGACUGCUGCACACGUCGGAAGCAGCUGCUUGUGCUGCCACACUCUACGCACGCAUUGCUUUGGAAGAACUGACAGCCUGUGGCCGAGAUACGCGAGCCAACCCGCUUCUCUUCGUUUAUUUGCAGUUUCUGCUUCAGUGCACAUCAACAAAGUUUCGGACUGUUCGCGCCGUAGCGACUGUCGAAAAAGAAGAAGUGGUAGCGCUGGGCGAUCCUGAACGACAAGUGGUUCGACUGUCUGGAGCACAACGGCUGCCGUCAGAGCUACUGCGACACGUUGAUUCACUUUCGAGCUCGUUGUGCAUCGCUACCAUCGAUCUGUUUACAAGCGUCUUGGAGUUACAGGAUGAGUACGCAGAUCGUAUACUGCUGGGUGCAGGAACUCGGCUGGACCAGAAUGCCGAUAAUGGGGGUACGUCUAGUCCACGAAAGCGUGCCCCCACAGCCUCUUCACUGUCAAGUCCGAGCGCGCUCAACAACGGUGCUAUCUGGUUCGCGUCGCGCUUUCCUGAUUCAUCAGUUGCUUCGAACGUUCAUCUGUGGAAGAUCCGUGCAUUUGCUGGAUCCGAUGAUCUCGCUGCAGAAUUCCCGGCAGCAGACGACCAGGAAGACCAGGUGCUGUCGCUGCUUUCUUACAUUGCUGACGCCGAGUAUGCUGCGUGCCAGCGCGGUCCUGAAAAAGUAGAUGACGAUGAUGAUGACGACGUCUUCUUGUACGACAACGGUACGAUAGCGACGACGACAGUAUUCGCAUCGGAAAAAGCUGAGACCGUUGUUUCAUCUGCUGACGUUGCUAUGAGUAUCGACGACCUAUCGACGACGAUAGUGGCGGAGUCGAACGGAGCCGGAAGAUCUCCUGCGUCUGCUACUUCUGCUGCAAAUACGACCACUACGACUCCGCGAGGGUUCUCCACUCAAACAGUCUCGUCGCGCAGCAGAGUAAAGCCGCUGCGUGACGUGUACUUGAGCAUCAGUUUGCCUUCGUUUUCGCCAGCCGAACCAGCGGGUCUACGAGAGCGGACUCCACUUCCGCCAAGCUUGGGUGGUGAUGGCGUCGAGGGCGACUUGACGCCCUUCCUGCACGUUGUUCUCAGUCGCGUCGAGCGUCUUUUGGAGAACUCGUUCCAGGAAAACCUGGCACUGUCGGGCUUGUUGUACGCGCUAGCUCAGAAGACGCGAUGUUCAGCAGUAGUGUUUGACCUGGAGGAGGCUUUACCAGCGGGCGAAAGCCUGCGCAGCAUAUUCGAGGAGGUCUACGCCGAUGCGGUGCGUCGCUUAAGCCGUCUACCCGACGGUGUCACACAGAUGCAGGAACUGCGCAGAAAGCUCGUGGGAGAGGACAACGAUGCAGAGCUCAAUGCGCAUGAGGCAGAUACGCGGCUGUUGUGCGGUUACGUGAUGCUGGACGAGAUUCUGAAGGAGUUUUGCUCGAUUCUCUUUGCCCGCGAGCGCAUUAAGACGUUCCCGCUCAAACCUGAGGGGCAUUUCAUGGAGCCGAAACGUGGCGAGUCUCUGUCCCCCUUCUCGAUGAUGCCGCGCGAACGCACUCUGUCAAGCGAGACCUUUUAUUCGGACGACAGCUCACACGUGGACGAGACUUCACCACGCAAUCAGGAAAACAUCAGCGAGGAAUUUGAGGCUUUGCUAGCUGAAGCUCAGUCCAGCAUGGAUGAGUUAUUGGUUGGCUCGAGCGAGAGCUCGACGAUGCCUGCCCUAGGAGCAGAAGUAGAGGCACAUACUGAUUAA